AAUGUGUUUACGACAUGGAAAACUCUAAUACCUAGUUAUUAAAUUUUGUGUUCAUGUAUGGUCACGUUCGGAUCACGGUUCGAACUAGAACGACCUGAUGAUGUCAUAACUUCCAAACCCUCCUUUCGAAAGUGCCGCAGCGACCGAAAAAUAUUCCCAGACAUGAGACAGGAAUGCCAAGACGGUGAUUAAUAAUAUUUGACUGAUCAUUACCCCAGCCACAACCAUGGCUGUAUUCAGACAGGAGGAUGUUGAAGUCGUUUAUGACAUGGGAGAGGAGUUAGGAAGUGGACAGUUUGCCAUUGUCCGUAAAUGCAGAGAGAAAAGCACAGGCAACGAGUUUGCAGCCAAGUUCAUCAAGAAGCGCCGCCUCUCGUCUAGCCGUCGCGGUGUGAGCCGCGAGGAGAUUGAACGUGAAGUUAACAUCCUGCGUGAGAUCCAGCACAGCAACAUCAUCACCCUCCAUGACAUCUUCGAGAACAAGACUGAUGUGAUUCUCAUUCUAGAACUGGUCUCUGGCGGAGAACUCUUUGAUUUCUUGGCAGAGAAAGAGUCUCUGACCGAAGAGGAGGCCACACAGUUCCUCAAGCAGAUUCUGGACGGGGUAAACUACCUGCACUCCAAGCAAAUCGCACACUUUGAUCUGAAGCCUGAAAACAUCAUGCUGCUGGACAAAAAUGUCCCCAACCCUAGAAUCAAGCUAAUUGACUUUGGGAUCGCACAUCAAAUAAAAGCUGGAAACGAGUUCAAGAAUAUUUUUGGAACACCAGAAUUUGUUGCUCCAGAAAUUGUGAACUAUGAACCACUGGGCCUUGAGGCAGACAUGUGGAGUAUUGGAGUCAUAACAUAUAUACUACUAAGUGGGGCCUCUCCGUUUCUUGGUGAGACUAAGCAAGAAACGCUGACCAACAUCUCUGCUGUGAAUUAUGACUUUGAUGAAGAAUACUUCAGCAACACCAGUGAGCUUGCCAAGGAUUUCAUUCGGAGGCUUCUUGUGAAGGAUCCCAAGAAAAGAAUGACCAUUUGCGACAGCCUUGAGCACCCUUGGAUAAAGGCAAUCAAGAGACGGAAUGUCCGACCGGAGGACAGCGGUCCCAAGCCUGAGCGCCGCCGCCUCAAGACGACCCGGCUGAAGGAAUACACCAUCAAGUCCCACUCCAGCAUGCCACCCAAUAACACCUACGUCAACUUUGAGCGUUUCUCGCAGGUGCAGGAGGAGAUCGCCGCGGCGGAGGAAGGCCUGCGCGAGCUGGAACGAAACCAGCGCUCGUGCCGCGAGGACGUCGCCGCGCUGCUCUCCAUCUACGAGGAGAAGGAGGGCUGGUACAAGGAAGAGAACCAGAGCAUCGCUGCCGAUCUGGGCCAGAUCCGGCAGGAGCUGCAGCGCACUCAGGCCCAGCGCCGCCAGAGCCAGGAGGAAACCCGUGCCGCCAUGCUGUCCGCCAACGCACUCAAACGCAAAUUCGGGCGCCUUGAGAACCGCUAUGACGCCCUAGCGGAGCAGGUAGCCUUGGAGGUGCGCUGGGUGGAGGAGCUAGUGAGUUCCAUCACCAUGGAGAAUGCUCAGGGGGUCGGGGUGUCUCAAACGCGUUAGAUUUUAUUUCCAUAUUUAUCAUAUUUUUGUUUCCAUAUUUAUCAUGUUUUUAUCAUGUUUUAUCAUAACAUGUGUUUUUAUGUCAACAAAAGGGGGCCUCAAUUAUAAAACGCUGUGCAAGAUCCUCAGUACGAUAUUGCUUACAAAACACACAUAAUUUGUUCAUUCACAAAAAGUAGUCUGAUAGAUAAAAGUAUAAAACUGUGCAGUGCACAUUUGUAUGCACUCAGCACAUAAAUGCCAACGCGUGUUUUGAUUUAGCAUGUGUGCAUAAGCGCCGUGCUCUUCCCUUGUUCGCCCCCCAAUAGUAUUUGUGUAAGGUUAAUGUUCAUCGAUCAAUGAAUAUUUCAAAUGUAUAACCUUAAGCCUUCAUCAACUAUUUUUUGCACAGAAAAUUGGAAAAAAAUCCUGUUUGUCGUACUUUGAGUGUGUGCAAUGUGAGAUCGUAUGCGAAGGUAGCAUCUUGUUUUUUCCCAAUAGGUUCAUUGCCAUAACCAAUUUCCUGUUUUCUGUGCUCUGCACUCAGAGUACUUAAUCUAAUAAGCUGUUAUGAAUCCCCAUCAGUCACUACAACUUGCAACAUCUGUUAAAUGUAAUGAAAUGUAGUCUAAUGUAAAACGCUGACUAUAAACCAUAUCUGGUGCUUGAUGCACAAUUACAAGCACGGCAUUGAAUUGUGCGAGGAAGUUUUUGAGGCAUGGAAAUUCUUUAAAUCAUGACUUUAGCCAGUAUUGUUUCAACUGCCACCCUGCUCCACGAAACUUGCAUAGAGGCUUUUAUAAUUGAGGCCCCUGUAAUUCUAUUUCAACACGUUUCAUUAUUGUCCCAGUAUUUGCUUUAGAAUCCUAAAGCUGUAGACAACCAAACUCAGUUCCUUAAGUAAAGCAGAGCUCUUCAAGUUGCUUAAACACUAAACCAAAGUGACAGAGUUGGGUUCCUGUUUACCACAUUACAUGCUUGCUAUGUCUCAGAGCAAAGAUGUGGAGGAAGGACAUUCUCCACACAUUGCCUGCUAGUGUUGCCUUGUGGUUAGAAACUGAAGCACCUUGUUGCCUGUCUCAAUCGCAUCUUGCAAUGAGAAUGUCACUGUAGAGUUCUGCAAUGUCUCCAUUCCAUCCGACAUUCCAUGUGUAGGAUUGUGCCAAUAUAAUGUACAUAGUAUCAAAUAUAUUUUCCAUGUAUUAUUUGCACUUAAAGUGUACUAUAUUACAGUGUUACAACCUGUAUAAUGACUGUAUAUUUUUAUUUGGCAUAAAUUGUUACCUAUUCUUCCCCUAUGAAAUGUUCAAGAAUGUUUUACCAAAUAAACCAAGAAAUAGAA